AUGUCAUCCCCGGACGCGUAUGCAGACGACGCGGAGCUCGCGGAUUUCAUUGUGGACGACGACGCCACGGGGCCGGAGGGGUCACGUGACCCCCGGCUGGCGCCGCCCCCGAGCGGGCGUUUUGCGCCGGAAAACAACGGCACGCUGCCGUUUACUGCCCCCCACGGUGGCUCCGAUGGACCCGCGCUGCCUGGUUUGCCCGGGGCGCCCGCCACCCCGGAUCCGCGGCGGCUCCUACGCGCCCACAUCUCGAUCCUAGUGUCGGCGCUAGGGGGCCCCGACCACUCGGCGCAAAACGGCGCCUACAAGCUCGGGCACGACGCGCUCGCGUGCCUCAAGGACUUGAAGCGCUGGCUCCGCGCCGUGGACGAGAAAAACGGCACCGCGGACGUGGCGUUGGCGUGUGCCGACUGCGACCUCGUGAGGAACGACCUCGUGGUCAUUCUCUGCCAGGGCGACCGGCCUCACAAGGGCACCGUGCGCCUGCGGGCGGCAGAGAAGAUCCUGCUUGCGUGCUUGGAGCUCUUGGUGUUGCUCACGUGGCCCACGGACGUGACGCGCGACACCCCCAUGGCCGACUACACGGCCCGGACCAGCGUGCGCCGCGCCCAGGUGGCCUACAAACACCACGUGCUCACGUACCGCCAGGGCCGCACGCUCAAGGCCGUGUUGCGCCUCGGGCUCGGCGCGUUGCGCGUCCCCAAGGCCGAGCGCGAGCCGCGCGACCUCGCCAUCUUGCGCCUCAUCCUCUACUUCAUCCGCAACAUGCUCUACAUCGAGCCGUUGCCCGCCACCAGAGGCCCGCAGACGGUCGGCAACGCGUCGGCACUUCCGGCGGGCGUCGGCGCAGACGAAAUCGCGCUCCCGGCCGUGGUGCAGGCGUUCGAGCGCAACAACGUGUUGCUUUUCCUCAACUCCAUCGCGCACUCGGUGCUGCGCGACAUCAGCGACGAGACCUUCGGGCUCUUGGCCAUGGAGUGCCUCUGCUUGCUCACGCGCGGCGUGCGUGUGGCGGACUUGACGCCGUUCGCGGCCCCGGCCCCGGCCGUGCCCAAUUGCGCCGAGGCCGUGCCGCCCGCCUCCGCCGUGGCAGGCAUGGACCUCAGCGCCCUCUUGGGCGAGGAGCUGCGCCGCCAGAAACACGCGCGCAACGCCAUGCUGACGCGCCACGGCCGCUUUGGCACGCUCCUCUCGCUCCGCAACCUGGGCAACGCGUCCUACUUCGCCGUGUCGGGCCAGAAGGCCCUCGCCAGCACCUACGACACCUUGGAGAAGUUGGACUCCGCCAAGAGCUGGCACCGCCCGUCUGCGUUCCGCUACGACUCCAACGCGUACGUGCGAAGCCCGCCGGCUCCCUUGGGCGCGGCCGCCGCAGCACUGCUCGCGCGGUUUGUGGGCCAAUUGCUUGCCAGCGGCUCGUUCAACAACUUGCUCACUUUUGUGGGCCGCCACUUGACCAACCUCGCCAACGACCGCGACGCGGGCCGCCGCGGAAUUCUUGACGCCGUGGACCCUAUGGAGCUCUCGUCGUAUUUCUUGACCAUGGCGUGGUUUUUCCGCUUCAAGCGCGAGCGGACCCAGGCUUUUGCCGCAGCCCACACGCAGCCGGCACCCGACGAAGACGGCGUGGACUAUGGCUCCGUGGGCGCGGCGUUGAGCGAAACCAACUUCAUUCUCUUGAUCUCGUACCUCCGCCUGGCGUUCGAGGCCAAGGACCACGACUCCUUGCAUGUGGCCAUGCUUUGUUUUCGCGAAAUGCUCUUGCUCUCCAACAGCGUGUUCACCAAAAAGCGCACGCAGCAGGAACUUGACCUCGUCUCCGCGGACGACAUUGACGAGGACAGGGAGCUUGCAGAGGGAAUCAUCCGCAAGUUGUUCUCUCAGAAACAAUUCUUGGACAUGUGUGUGAAUAUUCCCAAGACUGCGGCAAAGCACUCCCCGGAGUAUCUUGGCGUGGUUGUCUCUGUGGUGCACAUUCUCCUCAAGAGCUUCGAGGCCUUGGCCAACGAAGACGUACACUUGUUCAUCAAGACACGACGCAAAAUGAGGAAAAUGGAACGUCCCCCAGGUCUAAACCACGAGAUGGACCAGCAGCACUGGGACUUGAUCGACAGAGGCUCGGACGAAGAGGAAGACCAGGACCAAAUCCGCUACAUCACCCAAGAGCGCAAGUUGGACCUUAGGAGCAUCGAGGUCAAGUUCUUUCACCCGGAAACGGUAUCCACGCACAUAGAGUAUUUGUCCAAAUACGAGGAUCUUACCAGUGAGGAAAUCAAGCGGGGUUUGUCCUUUUUUCAUCGCCUUUUCGUUGUGCGUAAAGACUACUCGGCCUUAUACCGUAUGGAUUUCAUGCUCAUCUUAUACAAGCUUCAGGCGUAUCUCCCGAGAUCCUCUAGCAAUUCUCGCCACGUUAACGAUUUUAUCGUUUAUUUCAUGAAGAAGUUUAAGGUUGCUUUGGACAGAUUUCCUACUGCCAUCGAAGUUCUUUUUCCCAGAUUAGAGAAUUUGGAAUUGAAAGGCUUUUUGAAUACUGGCGACUUGCAAGUUCUUGAAAAGCUGAGCAAAACCAAUCCCGGAGGUGCAGCCAACAAGAAUAGUUACUUUGAUGAGGAUGCCGUUCAACCGCGUGCGGCUCCUCUAGUUCAAUUCAACGACGAAUCCCUCUCUCUUGACGAAAAAAUAGGGAUUUUGGUUUACCACCUUUCAAAAAGAAAAAACACCACCGCAUUCAUGAAGUAUUUUGCAACUGAAAUGCUCAGGAUCUCUGAAAUCACCCCUGGUCAACGGGAAACGGUAACUCUCCGUCUCAAUCUCGCAAAAAGAAGGCUCUUGAUCUCAGACCCGCAUCUAAGGCUCUUGCUCGAAACAAUUGGAUUUGGUUUGCCGUAUCUUCAAAAUGAUGAGACAACCCUUCAUGAAUCAGUGACGGCUGAGCUUUUGAAAGACGCCGUUGAAUCAUUAAACAAGUGGCUCAGUUUGCACGAGGGAGGAGUAGGAGAUAUUGAGCCGUUCUUGGACCAAUUUCAGCGCAUGUUCUUCUCGAAGGAACAGCUUGAUUUCGGAGCACAAUCGCUCGCAGAUCUCCGUGCGGGAAAAUCCUUUGACGAUGCCAAAGCCGCAGAGCUAGAGUUGGACGAAAGACAUAUUCACAAGGUGAUUGGUUUGGCAAAGAGGAGGGAAUAUGAUGAAAACGUCAGUUCUCGUUUCUACGAGGAUGAUGAGUUUGAGGAUCAGUCAUCUAAUUCUGCUUCCGAUGAUGAAGAGGUUCAGAAAAAUGUCAGAAAGCGGAAGCGCAGCAGACGACAAAUAGACAGUGGCCAUGAGAUGUCUUUACCUGACGAUGACGUUCCUUCACUGCGUCGCCGCAAAGGAGAAAGAUCAGUUCCUCGAGAAGUCUUUUCUGAUGACGAAGUAGCUGCUACAAAGUCAGCUGAAUUGGUUCACGAUUCUGAUGAUGAUUCUGACGAAGAGCGCAACACUGCUUUUUUCGAGAAGGAAGAGAAGCUUCGGCAAUUAAUAUCUCUGACCGGUGGAAUAUCUAGUAAAGAGCAGCUAUCUUUGUUCAAAGAGUCGUGGACCACGAUUCUCAAGUCCGGGAGCGGAGACCGCGUGAAUGAGGCGAUGAAGAUGGCUUCUAGUUUGUUCGUUGAAGACCUGGAUGAUGAAGAGCUCUCUCUGACGCGAAAGCCUUUUCAAACCAGAUCAAGAAACAAGAAGCUACAAAGUGACGAUGAGAAUGAGAACCAUGUGCCUAGAAAGCGAAGGGCGAUUAUUGAUGAUGACGAUGAUGAAUGA